UUCGGCGACAAAAUUGUCAUGGCAUUCCAUCAUUUAUCUCAAAUAUGACCCUACCAAUCGCCUCUUUUUCCUUUUUUAACCCAUGCUUGCCCAGGGUAAAGCCAAUGGGUCUUGUCCACCAAAUGUUUGAUCAAAUUCCUUUACGAAAUCGUUGGAUUAAUUGAAGAAGAAAGCUGCGGAUUGGAGGGGUUACCAAUGCAGAAGAAUAAACUUAGCCACCGCCUUUUGUCUCUAGUGAGACACUACUCCAGAGUAGCUCCGCCUCCACCUGUCUAUGCCGACCCAAUCAUCCGUGUUUCUAAUAACGUGGCUUACUUGGGAAGCCCCAAACAGGGUUCAAAGCCUCGCCAACUCCUUUCCUUGCCUCCUUUCCCUGGCUACCCUUUACCUGGGAAGAACACUUCCACUGGUCAUGUCACUGCUAUCAGUUGGCUCAAAUAUUACUUUGAUGAAAUUCCAGACUCAGCCAUUCAGUCCCAUUUUAACAGGGGCCUUGUUCAGAUGGAAUCCUCAAAUCCAAAUGCUGAUGAUUCUUUCAUAAAAAGGGUUGGGCAAAUGAAACCCUUGAGAAAGGUCAAGCAUAAUGAGGUGAUGGAGGUCGGGGCAAGAGUUUGGGUACCUGUAUCAAUUGCAGAGACUCGAGUUUCCAAGAGAUUUGAUUGUAUACCAAGUGGGACACUCUAUCCAAAUGCGGAUGAGAUUGAAUAUUUGCAAAGGCUUGUCAAGUACAAGGACUAUGCUAUACUUGUAUUAAAUAAACCCCCCAAGCUGCCAGUAAAGGGAAGUAUGCCUGUACAUAACAGCAUGGAUGCAUUGGCGGCUGCAGCUCUGUCUUAUGAUUAUGAUGAGGGUCCUAAACUGGUGCAUCGGCUUGAUAGAGAAAGCAGUGGCCUCCUGUUAAUGGGAAGAACUAAAGAAAGCAUAAAUCAUCUUCAUUGGCUAUUCAAUGACUUAAAUACAGCAAAAUCCUCAUGUAAGGCUUGGAAUGAUGCAUGUGAUGCUAAGUUUCAGCGUUUUUGGGCAUUGGUGAUAGGCACUCCAAAGGAGAAUGAAGGCUUAAUUUGCGCUCCUCUUUCAAGGAUUCUUCUUGAUGAUGGUAAGACUGAGAGGGUCAUCUUGGCUCAGAAUGUGGGUUUAGAACCUUCUCAAGAGGCUAUGACUGAAUAUCGGGUACUAGGUCCUACAAUAAAUGGAUGCUCAUGGAUUGAAUUGCGCCCACUUACUAGCAGGAAGCACCAGCUUCGUGUCCAUUGUGCAGAAGCUCUCGGGACUCCUAUAGUUGGUGACUACAAGUAUGGCUGGUUUGUUCACCGGAAAUGGAAGCAGAUGCCCCGAGUUGAUAUUGAACCAAUGACGGGAGAACCAUACAAGUUACGAAGGCCAGAAGGUCUGGAUGUUCAGAAGGGAAGUGUAUUGUCCAAGGUUCCCUUGUUGCAUCUGCAUUGCAGAGAGCUUGUACUUCCAAACAUUGCAAAGUUCCUUCCAGUGCUGAAUAAGAAAACAGAAACCCUGCCUCCUGCGCUUAGCGCAAAGCCGGAUCUCCUUCGCUUUGUAGCAUCAAUGCCUAAACACAUGAAGAUUAGUUGGAAUCUGAUGUCCUCCUAUUUAGUGUAAAUAUCCAAGUUGGCACAUGGUUAGUGAUGGUAAAACUUAUGAAUUUUGAUAUCUGAUCUUAUAUUCAUUAACAAUAUAUACUUACAAGUCCUUGAUUUUAUGUUUUGCUGCCAGUUCAAUUUUGUGGAGGUCAUGAUAAUCUUGUGUUAUAGUUAUGGGAUUUGUUUUUAUGCAAUGAUUGUAGUUAUUUUUGUUAAAGG